GUCAUGAGACGGAAGUGAAAAAAUUGUAGUCGUUAGCACUCCUGAUGGUGACAUGACAAAUCAAACUGCAUUCUAAAACACACAAUCAGCGUCAGUGAAAAACCAGAUUCUUAAAGAAGCCUCCUUCACUAACAGCAACGAUGCAUGGCAGAGUGAAAAUUAAAACUACAGCCCAGCAGGAGGAGGAGAAAAGAAAGGAGAGGGAGAAGAAGCUCAAGAUAUACGUGGCAGCACGUGAUGCCUGUUUUUCUAAGAGAAAUGAGGGUAUCUGGGAUGAUGAGGCUCUUCAGCUCACCCAGCAGCUCCUAUCAUCCAAUCCUGACUUUGCAACCCUGUGGAACUACAGAAGAGAAAUCCUAAUGCACCUGGAGACUGUGAAAGACAAAGAUGAAGUGCAGAAGAUUUACGAGGCUGAGCUGUUGUUUACUGAGUCUUGCCUGAAAGUGAACCCAAAAUCUUAUGGCAGCUGGCACCACCGAGGUUGGGUCUCCGCCCGUUUGCCUCGACCGGACUGGGCCAGGGAGCUGACAUUGUGUGAUCGCUGCUUGAGCCUGGAUGACCGCAACUUCCAUUGCUGGGAUUACCGCCGAAUGGUUGUAAAGAUGUCUGGCGUGCCUGUAGAUCAGGAGUUGGCGUUUACUGAUCGUCUUAUUGGCUCCAACUUUUCCAACUACUCCAGCUGGCACUAUCGUAGCACCCUUCUGCCUCUGCUUCACCCAGAGUCUCCAGAGCCCCCAUCACCAUGCCGUGAGCCUCCCCAGUCCUCCCCCCCACCUUCUCCUCAAACCCAUUCCCAUCGGGUCUGUGAAGAAACGUUCUCCCUGCUUUUGUCCUGUCAGGCGCAGUCAGUCGGCUUGUUCCUCGUCCUUGACGGUCAGCCCCAGAGAGUGGAGUGGAGGAGUGUCCAUCCGCGCUUUAAACAAAGCCCUGUCUGGAUAUGCAAUCUGCCUCCUGGAACGAUUAGCGACAUCACCAAUGAACGCAACCUGACUGUGCACUGGACUGAAAAAUUUGAUGUUGCUGGUGAUAAAGGUCUUAUACAACCACUGACUGCUAGCUUUGCCUCGGCAGGGUGCUUACUGACCAUUAUUCUCCUGAUGAGGGCACUGGACCCUCUGGGAUACGAACAGGAGAUGCUUGCUCAUUUUAGAACACUCAAAGAAGUGGAUUCCAUGCGCUCUGCAUAUUACAGUGACCUGUGCAGCAAGUUUAUGAUUGAAAACACCAUCCUGAAAAUGGAGUAUGCUGAAGUGCGCGUCUUCAGCAUUUCUGACAAGAACCUGACCACUUUAUGCCACCUGGACCAGCUGUUGUUGGUUACCCAUAUCAAUCUGUCCUCUAAUCACCUGCAGCGGCUGCCUCCUCAGUUUGCCAUGUUGCAGUGUCUCGAGGUCUUGGAGGCUGAUAACAACGCCAUAGAAAACCUGGAGGGAGUUUAUCACCUUCCCAAACUGGAGGAAGUCCUCUUGAAAAACAACAAAAUCUCUACAUUGGCAGAUCUUCAGACGUUGGCAUCCUGCCCCAAGCUGAAACGCCUUGACCUCCGUGGAAACCCCGUCACUCAAACGGCCAAUGUCGAGUCGGAGUUAGCCGAACUGCUGCCCUCAGUCACAGACCUCCUGCUCUGAUCCAACGCAGGGCAGGAAUCACUGCCAUCUUUGUUCUGUCGUUCAGUUGUCCUUCACGUUCUGAGCUGUUUUUGGUGGUGAGUGGGUGUCAUCUUGUGACUCUGUCUGUUCCACCUGUUUUGGAAAAAUGUCAGUCACAGUGAACCCUGUUGGUCUGAAAGCCUCAUACUUCGGAGCAAAUGUCAGAACCCUCUCUAGCAUCUUCAGCAAAAAGUCAACAUUUCUGUGUGUGUGUGUGUGUAUGAGUGAGUGCGUAAUAACCAAUGUUGCAUUUCUUUGUUUGUGUGUGUACAAAUGUCUUUAAUGCAACAGACCAGUGCAUGCAGAAACAUUAAUAAUGAAGUAAACUAAUUAUGGAUUGGCAGCGAUGAUGGCUUAUUGCUUCCAAAAGCUUAAUGGCUGACUUUAAAGAAAACGUUAUACUGGGUGAUCAGAGUAUUGCAUCACUCUCUACUGAUUUUGUUUUAAGGUCGGUUAAUGCAUUUGAUUUAUGACAUUAUACUGUUGCACAGUAAGUCACAGAUCCAGUAAUAAACAGCACACAUUGUGUCACUGCCUUCCA